AUGAAAGAAUCACCAGCUAAAAGAGACGACAUGAAAGUACAACAAAUUAAGAGAAGCCCAAUGAAAAGAAGAAGAACACUUGAUUCAUCGCCGUUACCAUCAAGCGUCUUUGACCAAGUUCCCACCGAUGUAUUGCGCUCUAUCAUCAAGAAGUUGAGUUUCAUAGAUGUGGUUCAAGCCAAAGCUGUGUGUUCUUCAUGGAACUUAGUUGGAGAAGAGUUGGUUUCCAGGAUGCCAUGGCUUAUGCUUCCAUCUAAGGAAGAAGUUGAAGAAGGAGAUGAUGCUGAUGCCAGAAACAACGGCUACAAUGGGUUUUUGAAUCUCGGUGAGAAUCGAGUAUAUAACUUGAAAACGACGCCAAAGGAGUUUAGGGAAAGUUGCUGCAUCGGUUCAUCACACGGAUGGCUGGUUUUCUUGGAACAGAAGGCUAUCCCGUUUCUAUUCAAUCCUUUCAGGCAAGUUAAAAUACAACUCCCUCCAGUUGAUCGUCUUCUAGGUUUGAAAAGGAUGGAAAGAAAGAUGAAUGGCGAAUAUGAGCUUGAUUAUUUCGAGGAUUAUAAGAAGAGUUGCAGGUUUUGGUUCAAGUGGUGUGGGAAACAAGAAGUACGAGCACGUUUUAUUCAGAAAGCAAUCCUGACAGGAAAACCAGAUUCCAACAACGGAAACUAUGGUCUUGUUCUGUUGUGCAAUAGCGGUGAAGAGAUUGCAUAUUACGAAAGUGCCGGAGACAAUUCCUGGACUGUUAUCGAUGUUAGCCAUGCACCUUACCAAGACAUAAUCUGCCAUGAAAACAAUCUCUUUGCAUUGGGUGACAAGAACAGUGUUGAAGUAUGGGACUUGCAACAAGGCAGAGCCGGUAUCACCAAAAAGUCCGAUAUCGUUCUUCCCAUUCCUGACAAGUUACUUGCGAAAGAAGAUUCCGUAAAAGGUCUUUGCAGCAGCAGGUUUUACUUGGUGGAAUCGUGUGGGGAUCUUCUGCUCGUAGUGAGGUUCAUCGGGGAUUAUGUGGAUAGGGUGUAUGGGACAUUGCAACGUGAGUGGGAUUGUUACAAUGAUUACUGUACAAUUUCGUUCCAUGUUUACAAGUUGGAUUGCAAUGGAAGAAAAUGGGUGGAGGUUGAAUCCUUAGGCGAUCAUGCUCUGUUCUUAGGAGGAAAUCAAUCCGUUUCGGUCUCGACUGACUCUUUUUCCAACUGCGAGAAGAAUUCAAUUUACUUCACCGAUGAUAACUGGGAGCGGAUGGAAGAUGAUUUGUUAUACGGUGGACAUGAUAUGGGCAUAUAUAACUUGAAAGACCAAAGUUUUAAGUCAAUCUAUGAGUUCUCUUCAGCCGGUAUUCAGCCACCACCUUGUUGGAUCCUCCCACCCGCCCUGCUAGAACCCUAG